GCACAAUACUUGAUGCUUGGCUCACACAAACAGCAUCCACUCAUUUUUCCCUUUUCUGUAAUAAAAAACCAUCUCGAAUUUUUACGAUUUUCAGUCCACCCUCCUUUUUUUGUUUCGCGGCUUCGACUUUCCCACGCCGAUCAUCGCGGGAAAGUUGUUUCGGCUAAAUUAUGUGAUCGUGUUUGUUAAUGCGUACGCGAGUGCGCGACUGUAGACUAAAACAAAUUAUAUGUUGAAUCGAAAGUAUGACAAAACUCCCUUGAACUUAGGGGUUUCCGGUAGCGUUUUCGUCUCGUUGACCCGUUCACCAUUGAGUCGCCGAGUUCCUCGUACCGUUCGGACUCAGGGCCGGACCUCGUCGAUCGUAUCGCCGAGGACUUCAGCGAUUCUGAGGACGAUUUUAUACAAAAUACUUGCGACAGCUUCGUCGUGUUGAUGAGCGACUCCUUUGAAGUUAUAUCCUUGCCGGCCGAAAUGAUGCAGCCGGCAAGUUACGGCAAAAAGAGCAAUACGUGGUAUGCAACCCCCGGUGGGGGAGCAAGCAGAGGCGGAGGUGCUGCUACCGGAUUGGGUGGGGGUGCAGGAGUCGGAGUGUGGCAAAGUAGGAGUACCCCGGCGGUGGCAAGUCUUAGCAGGAAAGCGUCUAUCACCGAGGAAGCACCUCCUCCCGGGGGUGGAAAACCCUCUUCCGGUCGCGUCAUUCGCAUUGUCAACAACCUCGAUCACACGGUUCAAUGUCGGGUGCUCUUGAAUCUUCGGACGUCCCAGCCAUUCGAGGAAGUGCUCGAGGAUCUGGGCCAAGUGCUCAAAAUGAACGGGGCCAAGAGAAUGUUUACUGUCUCAGGGCAAGAGGUGCGAAGUUUCUCGCAAUUAAGAAACGAAUUCGCCGACGUGGAUACGUUUUAUUUGGGGACUGGAUUGGGGACCGGAAUGGGUACGGCCAUGGGUUCCCCGGCGAGGAGGGCCAGGUCUCGUGGACCACCUACAGUUGUUGAGGAUAUAAGCCGACAAAGGAGGACGCGAAGCAAGAGCAGACCUCGUGCAUUGUACGCCCCUGAAUCUGAAGUAGUACGAAUCAAUGACUAUAGUGUUGUAGAAGUACUACGCGAAGAACCAGCGAGGGUGACAAUUAGAGGUUUAAGGCGAUCUUUUUAUCCACCAGCACACCUUGCACCUGUCGAUAAUUCACCACCGGAUAAAAAAUUACAAUUAGAAUGGGUUUACGGGUAUCGGGGAACCGAUACUCGCAGAAAUCUUUGGGUACUGCCAAGUGGAGAACUUCUUUACUACGUUUCUGCCGUUGCUGUUCUCUUUGAUAGGGAAGAAAAUGCUCAACGACAUUACGUUGGCCACACGGAGGAUAUCACCUGCAUGGAGGUCCAUCCUAGCAGAGAAUUAGUAGCUUCCGGUCAAAGAGCUGGAAGGCAUAGAAAAGCACAACCACAUGUCCGUAUUUGGUCAACCGAAACUCUCCUCACCCUUUAUGUUUUUGGAAUGACAGAAUUUCAAUUGGGUGUUUCUGCUCUCGCUUUUUCACAACUGAACGGUGGUAGUUAUGUUCUCGUCGUCGACGCCGGCAGAGAAGCAAUACUUUCGGUAUGGCAAUGGCAAUGGGGUCAUUUACUAGGAAAAGUAGCGACUCUGCAGGAAGAUUUGACGGGGGCAGCUUUUCAUCCUCUUGAUGACAAUCUCCUAAUAACACAUGGUCGGGGUCACUUAACAUUUUGGAAUCGAAGGAAGGAUGGGUUCUUUGAAAGGACAGAUAUUAUUAAACCUCCUUCCCGAACACAUGUAACGAGUAUCCAAUUCGAACAAGACGGUGACGUCGUCACAGCCGAUAGUGACGGAUUUAUUACAGUUUAUUCCGUCGAUGCAGAUGGAGCCUAUUUUGUUCGAAUGGAAUUUGAGGCUCACAAUAAGGGUAUUAGUUGCCUAGUGAUGCUUUCAGAAGGAACUUUGCUUUCCGGUGGAGAAAAGGAUAGAAAAAUCGCUGCUUGGGAUUCAUUACAAAACUACAAACGAAUAACAGACACUAAGUUGCCAGAAUCUGCUGGAGGGAUCCGGACUAUUUAUCCUCAACGUCCAGGGAGAAACGAUGGUAACAUUUACGUUGGAACGACUCGAAAUAAUAUUUUGGAAGGUUCACUUCAAAGAAGAUUUAACCAGGUUGUUUUCGGCCAUGGGAGGCAACUGUGGGGGUUGGCUGUUCAUCCAGACGACGAAGUUUUUGCCACUGCUGGUCACGAUAAAAAUAUCGCUUUGUGGAGACGACACAAGUUGCUCUGGACAACUCAGGUUGGAUUCGAGUGUAUUUGCAUAGCAUUCCAUCCCUUCGGGGUUGCUUUAGCUGCAGGUUCUUCAGAAGGACACCUUCUGGUUCUCGCAGCUGAUACAGGAGCCGCAGUUGCGACUUUAAGAGUCUGCGGAUCUCCUUUAUCCUGUAUCGGAUACAAUCCUACCGGUGAAAUGGUAGCGAUGGGCUCCCAGAACGGAAGCGUCUACCUAUUCAGGGUAUCGAGGGAUGGAUUUUCUUACAAAAAGAGUAACAAGAUUCGAGGAACUCAACCUUUAGCUCAACUGGAUUGGAGUUCUGAUAGUCGAUUCUUGCAAACUGUGACUCAAGACUACGAUCUGGUCUUUUGGGAUAUUAAAUCUUUGUCUUCGGAAAAGAGUCCUAUCGUUAUGAAGGAUGUCAAAUGGUACACUUACAAUUGUACAGUUGGAUACAUGGUCUCAGGGAUGUGGAACAAUCGGUACUAUCCCCUAACGACAGUUGUUACAACAGCAAGUCGUUCAGCGGCUCACGACAUGCUCGUGAGUGGAGACGCUGAAGGAUAUAUUCGGCUCUUCAAAUAUCCUUGCACGAGUCCAAAAGGCGAAUACGUCGAGGAAAAAGUCUAUAGUUCGCUUGUGGCAUGUGCUCGAUUUUUAUACAACGACCAAAACGUCGUCACCGUCGGUGGCACAGAUGCUGCCCUGAUGCUCUGGGAACUCGUCGACGAGUAGAUCAUCAGAACCUCAUUUUGAGCUAAUGACCUUUGAACCCGUCUCCUCAUCGGAGAUGAGUUUCAACUUUCGUGUCUUUCUGACCUCCCAGGUCGAAAUAUUCUUAAACGCUGGUGCGUUGUUUACUGGAAGUAGAAAUGGCAUCACUUCCUCCUAGAAUCGACACUUUAAACUGAAUGCAAAACCAAUUUGCAGGAAUUCAGUUGAUGAAAACAUCUUUGUGAACUGGGGCCUGCACCGAUUUUGCUUAACGUCUAAGUGUAAGACAAAAUUCCCACCGAUAAUCUAGAAUUGGUAUAAAAAAUUACGGAUUAAAUAUUUGUUUAAAAAUUAAAUAAUAUUUAGAAGAGACUCAUGAGCUACUUAAAUUUUAAGUAAAAGCGGUGCAAUCUAUAGAAGCCCUUCCGAGUUCACUUGAAAUAAAACACGGAAUGCUAGAAGAUAGCAGAUUAUAGUCAAUAUUGACUAGACAAAUAUUUAAACGAUUUUUCUCCCAGACAUGUAAAUUUACAAAAUCAUUUAAAUUAGACUCGAGGUAACGAGAUUAGGAUCUUAAUUAUUCACAUCCCAGAGUCUUAAUGGAAUAAAACUAAAUUUUUUAAAUCUUUUCAAUAUAUUGACGUGACUCCAUAACCCGGAAUAAUUGACGAUUUCAGCAAGAUUUAAAACAGGAUUGUGACAUAAAACAAAGGCUGAAUUGUUACAAUAUCAAUCUAUAACAACUACUUGAUGAAAAUUUCAUAAGAUCUGAGAUUAAUUCUGAUAUUUUCGAAUUAAAACUAACAAUACACAGAUUUUUUUAUACAGCUGGUCUGUCGAGUUUGUUCAGUAUUUUUUAUCAGCUUUUAAAAUACAUAUUUGUUUCUUCUAAUUAAACUUAAUUUUAAACUUUUAAUAUAUAGACAAAUUGUGAAGUAAUUUCCAACUCGAAAUAAUUAUAUGCGACCCAGGGUGUCUGCUCAAAUCCUGGAAAAAAAUUCCUUGACUAUUCCAGAUUAUUUCCAGGUAUUUUUUCUAACAAUUAACUUGGAAAUAACUUUUUUUAUUUGUAAAAAUAAAAGAAGAAAUUGUCAACCAAAUAUGGAAUGGUUAAAUU